CGUUCUCUGGGCAACAUCAACAUCUUCAAUCCCCCCCUACCUCGCACUCUCGACGAGGUUCACCGCGCUACAAACCCCAUCUCCGUCUCUCCUAUUCGGCCCCCAUUCGCUCACGUACUCUCACUACCUUGUAUACUGUGUGAAUCAUUAGCUUCGACCAUUUGCAUCUCGGGACCAGCACUAUUUUGUCUCGCGGCCCUACGACCCAAUUUCUGUUCCUGUUCCCGCUCCCGUUCCCACCCAUUGGUACCAUCCGACCAACCUGCUGCUCCCACCUGGCUCACCUCUGACGCUACAUUGCGCGAGCAGGGAUAAUCAGGUAUUGGCCCUGGAUCAAGCAAGCCGAUCACCCUUUGGAGUCUCGCCGCCCCUUGCCUACAUUCACUCGCCCGUCCACGCUCUGUACGUCACUCGACGCAGGUCCUUCGCCAACCAUUGGCGGCGCUUAAUCACCUUCGCGCUGGCGCCGACCGUAUAACUAUACCAGAUCGUCGUCUCUCUGAACCAUGGAAGCUCGGGUCCUCUGAAUCAUGCAUUGUCACAGCAUCCUGGCGUAAAACACACCUCUGAUCCACCCAAUCUUCAAACCGCACUUCUGAUCCUCCCCAUCAUCCUUUCACUUUGUUUGGACGGUAACAGCAACCGGCUAGAGACGCCCACCGCGCGAACAAUGAGGCAGCCGACGCCGAGGAAACGCGACAAGAAGCGCUGCAAGAGAGCCACUCGGGGCAUGCUCGUGGUUCUGGCCCUCGCUUCCCAGCUACCAGCCACCAGUGCUAUCGUGUUCCCCAGCCAUCACACGAACUACAAAACCGAUUACCUCCAGCUCAACAAGCGGUAUAACCCUGCUCGACGAGGACCGCCCGAGGACUGGAAUGGGAGGAUACCGUUGAAGAUCACCAACUCCUGUCCCGAGACGAUCUGGCCCGGCAUCACGACGCAGCAUGGCGUCGGUCCCGGCACCGGAGGCUUCGAGCUCGCCUCGGGUGAAAGUCGAGAUAUGUGGGUUGGGCCGACAUGGCAGGGUCGUGCAUGGGGGAGAACCAACUGCACCGUCAAUGGAGACUCGGCUGGCUGCACGACGGGCGAUUGCUUUGGAAAGCUUGACUGCGAAUUCAGUGGCGCCGUCCCUGCGACCCUUGCCGAGUUCAACCUUGCCGGGGGCGUCUCCGGGAGGCAGACGUUCUACGACAUCUCUCUCGUCGACGGCUACAACAUCCCCGUUGGCAUCAACUACAUCCCCGCCAAGAACACCUCGUACAUCCCCCCCAACCUGACAAAUUGCGCAUGCAUCGCCACGACGGGCUUCAUGGCACAGCGCUCGGCAAGUGGUGCCGUCUACACCAACAGCACAUAUCCUGUCCCUUGGGAACCAAAUGAAUCCAACGACAGCGUCCGAAACUGGUGCCCUUGGCCCUUGCUAUCCAACCCGCCUGACAAGCCCGGUGACGGAGUCUACCCUUACCCUGAUGACAACAUUCGGCGUCCCACCUUCAGCCCGUGCAAGAGCCAAUGCGCGGCCACGAACUCGGAUCACGACUGCUGUAUAGGCAAAUGGCACGACCCCGACAAAUGCAAGCCGGGCUUGUACUCCAGGCACGCCAAGGCUAUGUGUCCUGACGCCUAUAGCUUUGCCUUUGAUGACCAGACCUCGACAUUCAUCAUCCCCUCGGGCGGCGGCUGGGAGGUCGUCUUUUGUCCCGCCGGUAGGAGCACUAAUAUCCUCCGCACCCUGGGACCUCAACUGUUCGAGAUCGCGAGUGCCGGAUUUCUGAGCCAGAAGAACCUGGAGCUGGUUAGGAACCGUUCCUAUAUAGAGUUUGAGAGCGACAAGAACGCUGCCCCAGGCCUCACUGUCUCGUCUUAUUGGGUCAUCUGUGCGGCUACCGUGGCUGUACUGUUGGUGGGAUGGUAAAUUGAAAUCGUGUUUUGUUUCUUUCGUUACCGACAAGCAUGACGGGCAGGACCCCGCGCAACAAAUCGUGCUUCUACUUUGUUUUGGUCGUUGGCAAUAGGAUACCCUGGAAUGACGACACGACUCAUAGGAUGAUGUGAGAGAUGGACUUUAGGACGGCAAAGAGGCUCGAGGUUGUGAGCCGCCUGGCACAGUAGAUAUUCACCCCUCCACUUGAGUACCUAGGACGUUUAUACCCGUAUACAUGAUAAGAAACAGAGUCUGUAC